AUGUCUUUUAGGUUCUUCCAAGCAUGCUGGGGAGACGCCAUAGAAACAGCGUGUGAUGAAGCUGCAAAAGAUGAAGAAUUGUCGCGUGACGGAGAAGGCACUGAGCAAUUCUUCCUCGAUGAGUUCCGCAUCAAUAGCAGAGACACUGGCAACGCUAUCAAAACUGUCAAAGCCAUCACGAACCAGACUUUGAAGCACCAAGACCUCCUCACUCAAGUCGCAAAAAAGCCUCCUACGGCCCUAGCUCUAGUCCCAGUUCAAGCUGUCGUUCUUAACGAAGAUGUAGUCAGACAUGCAACCGACACCCAUGUGCAAGCUGCGCUCAGCUUUCAGUACCAGACAAUGCGUUUUUGGGUCCAGCAGACACACGGCCAACAUCUCUUGCAAUUGUCCACCGCGCCGUUGAGAAACUACUUCGACCCAAACGGCGGUUUGCGUAAGUAUCGCGUGCCACUUUCCGUCGACAAAGCCCGCGCAGUACUCGAGGUACACGAAGUGCGCUACCUGUACAUGCUCGGUGCUCGAAUCCCGAUGCCGGCAUUCUACAGCUCCAUGAAGAGUAUCUCUGCGGCUUAUCUUCAAUCGAGUAUCCAGCGAUGUCGCGAGGAGGCUCCGCUGACUUCUCCCGUCUACAUCUUCGAUAAACCGCACAACCGCUUGCAACAAGCUAGGAGGAGACAUUUUCCAAGCACAUUGAGGAAGCAGAGCGCGCAUGAUGAGCAUCCGGUCGCAUGGACGGUGUGGAAGAUAGAAGCGUCCACACAGACCACAUCCCAACCCCAACCACAAACCACACGUGGAAUCCACACCACAACAUCGUCUUCGACGCCGCCACUAACACCACCCCCACCUCCUUCUGCAAAACCAUACCGUGCAAAACCCCCCUCCAAGACCACGCCUGCCUCCUCGACGAAACCCGCCCAUGGUCCCACGCCCCCGAUUCUCGACGCCAACAACCACCCACAUAUCCGCCUCGACCAGGCAUGA